AUGGAACUUAGCUUUGAAGAAUUAUAUUAAUAACUGAUAUCAUAGUAAGUCUUUAUAAUUUUUUAUGGCCAAAAGACACCAGUAAUAUAGUCGGUCAGGACUGGCAUAAGGCUGACACCUAAUGAAGCUAACAAUAUGAUUGGGCAUUACGGAUAAAUAAACACUAUUGUUUAUUUUUCUUGCUAAAUUUGGAAACUACUACUAGAUUUACGGACGAGAAGUAGGGGACCGACAUCACUAGAAUUCAGUCUUUAGGGGUAAGGUAAUUACUCGAAUUCAGGCAGUAGGAAUAGGCUAAACCACUCAAAUACCUGUAGCAAUAUUCGAAAAUACUCUAAUUCUGAUAUAAGAUAGACCAUCACUCCUAUUUCAGCUGUUGAGAUGGGUGAUGGUCACUAGCAAUUCAGACAGCAGGGAUAGUAAGGAAAAUCCAUUUCAAAUUCAAGCUGUAGAUUUAAAGAAAAGCUCUUUUAAACUUAUUGCUUUUAUUUCUGAAGGAAUGGAUGAUUAUAGGAGUGUUAACCAUCCCUUCUCCACUAUUCACCUAUUUAC